AUGGAUUUGAGAAAAAUCAACAAUUCAGCAGGGCCCUCAGACAUGGUGUGGGCCUUCCAAGGCCUGUGCGUGCUUGCUGCAGGGAAAGAGAGAGGAAGCGCGAGGCUGCGGGGCUGGAGCGAGGAUGCGCAGACCGAGGCAGCGAGGCGGGGGUGCGAGAGCCUCCGCGGCUGCGCGGGCGCGUGCUGGUGGCCUCAGCGGCGGCUCAGUCCCGGCCCGCGCCCGCGGCACCCCCGCUGCGGCCCGAGCGGCCUGGCUGCGGGAUCGGUGCGCAGCGAUGGCGCGGCCGCCCCGGCAGCACCCGGGGGUCUGGGCGCCGCUGCUCCUGCUGCUACUGACGGGGCCCGCCGGCUGCGCCGCCAGCCCCGCGGACGACGGUGCGGGGCAGGGGGGCCGGGGACCCCGGGGCCGCGCGCGGGGGGACGCGGGCGCCGACGAGGCGGUGCCGCGCCACGACUCCUCCUAUGGCACCUUCGCGGGGGAGUUCUACGACCUGCGCUACCUGUCGGAGGAGGAUAUGGCAAACCAGGCUGUAAUGCAGAGACCUGUGACUACUUCCUCAGCUACCGGAUGAUAGGGGCUGAUGUAGAAUUUGAGCUGAGUGCAGACACAGAUGGUUGGGUAGCAGUUGGAUUCUCUUCAGACAAGAAAAUGGGUGGUGAUGAUGUCAUGGCCUGCGUCCAUGAUGACAAUGGCAGGGUCCGCAUACAGCACUUCUAUAAUGUAGGCCAGUGGGCGAAGGAGAUUCAGAGAAACCCUGCCAGAGAUGAAGAAGGAGUUUUUGAGAAUAAUCGCGUCACCUGCAGAUUUAAACGCCCUGUGAAUGUUCCCAGAGAUGAAACAAUUGUUGAUCUGCAUUUGAGUUGGUAUUAUCUGUUUGCUUGGGGUCCAGCCAUUCAGGGCUCUAUCACUCGACAUGAUAUAGACUCACCGCCGGCUUCAGAGCGUGUUGUCAGUAUUUACAAGUAUGAAGACAUUUUUAUGCCAUCAGCUGCCUAUCAAACCUUCUCAUCUCCAUUUUGUUUGCUUCUGAUAGUUGCUCUGACAUUCUACCUAUUGAUGGGAACCCCCUAACCACAGCUACAGGGCCAACAGAUUAUAUGGAUUGGGAAGUCUUUAGUAUAAAUAUAUUUUUAAAGAAUAUCCAGUAUUAUUUUAGCUUCGAUUAUUUGACAG